UGUAAGGGAAGCUGUGAGUGAACCGAGGGUGUCCUUCCGCCGUCCGUAUGUGCAGAGCGCAGUCUGAUAUCGCUGGGAGGAAAAUGUCGUGCGGGCUGUGGAAAGAGACCCUGGCUCUGGCAGAGGACUACCUGUCCCUGUGCUGCACAAGCCCACGGCCAGCCCCUCCACCUCCCAGCAUGUCAGCCGCUGCUAUAAGGCGCCUGGCCCAGGACAUGGAGAAGCAGCACCAGGCCCGCUUCCAAUCCCUGGCUCAGACCUUCCUGAGGCAGUGCGGGCCGGACCCCUGCUCCGGUCUUAGGAAGGUGAUGGAGGAACUGGUGGGAGAUGGACACUUGAACUGGGGAAGGGUUGUAUCCCUUUUCACCUUUACUGGGGUGCUGGCCAGACAACUGCAGGAGCAGGAGGAUGUGAAGCUGGGGCUGGACCCUGUGCAGGGGCAGAAACUGGGACAGGGACCCGGGCACUGCAGGGGACUGGCAGAGACCAUAGCUGACUACCUGGGAGAGGAGAAAAAAGAGUGGCUUCUGGAGAAUGACGGAUGGGAGGGAUUCUGUGAGUUCUCCCGCAGCGCUAGAGAGACGAGCCAGGACUCGUCCAUGAAGACGGCACUGUUUGCUGCGGCUGGUGUGGGCCUUGCUGGACUCACUUUCCUCCUGGUGCGCUAGCUAGCUUUCUGCGUCCGCGAAAGAUGUUUUCAUUUCAUUUGGCUAAAUUACAUAGAUGAUUAAAUUCUACCAUCAGUGCUGCAAGAAACAACAAAGAGCUUAAUCUGUAGUGAUUUCAGGGCGUAACAAUUUCAUGUCAUCAACUGAAUGUUUGCACAUACUCAAACCUAGCGCACACAAAAACACUGACUUCUUGUCACUUGCUCCUUAAGAUUGUAAAAAUGUUCUCAAUGCCUUCAGAAAUUUUGGAGCAAGUGGUAUCAGUGUGCAUCUGUCUUAAUAAAGCACAGGUUUCUGCACAGAAUCAUCUUGAUUUCAGAAUUUUCAGCAGUGCAGCUAAAAAACUUAAUUUCAAAUCCCCCACAGCUUUUGUUUUUUUUUAAAUUGUCAGCUGCCUUUUAUUCACGUGUUUACCUGAGUUGUGUAUGUGGUAUAGAGCCAUUCUAGUGUACAAUGUAUAAAUUAAUAUAUUAUAUUUAUAUGAAAUGAAACUGUAAGCAGCAGUGGCCCUUUUCGAAACUUCCACAGCUAAUUCAGUUGUUUCAUUGUUUUGAGUCUGUCCUUCAUUUCUGUGAUUUACAUGGUCGACAGAUCCGAGUGCAGGCCUGACGACCUCCCUACGGUGCUAUGAGGAUACUUGGUGAAAUAUUUCUCUUAUAUAUCUACCAAACCAGGGACCAAUCUGAAAACAAACAUCCUGCUAUUAGAACAAGCAGUUCUUGCAUUCCCUCCCACAGAUCUCUGAAACAUUAUAUUUUUACAUUGUUUUGUCUAUUUAUUUGUCACCGUAUUUUUUUUUUUUUCUUAAAUAAAACAAAGGAGCAAUGA